GACUGCUCACUUUGACUGAACCUCCUCCAGACAGCAUGACUCUUUACCUUUGUCUCCCUCUACUGGUUGUGCUGCUGCAGCCAACUCAAUGUCUCUAUAACUGCUCAUCUGAGUAUGAGAGGACCCCAGACAAUUCGGACCUGAUAGUUGACUGUGGCACCAGUAUGAUCACCCUGGAGAUCAACGCGUGUACAGCUCAGUGGGCAGGUUUCAACACCACUGACCUGGCUCUGAACGGGAACCACAACAUCACAGAGUGUCUGGGCUCUGUUGACACCAGUGUGGAUCCUCCGAUCAUCCGUUACCAGCUUCCUGUUAACCACAGUCAGGAUAACCCCUGUCGCCAGUCUCUGCAGAUUGUGGAUGAGGCCCCGGACCCCACAGGUCCCUUCAGCAGCUUCCUAAGUAUCCAGUCGGUUAUCAUCACUGGGUACAUAGACACACCCAGAUCUGACGACGGGCUGAUCAGCUACUCCACAGACCUUUACUAUCACUUCUCCUGCCGCUACCCGCUGGAGUACCUGAUCAACAACACACAGAUUGUGGCGUCUUCGGUUUCUGUGGCGACCAGUGAUAAUAAUGGAACCUUCAUCGACACACUGAAAAUGGGUGUUUAUAAUGACACAGACUAUGGUUUCCCAUUGCUGGUACCUGCAACAGGACUUGAGCUACGAACCAGGAUCUAUGUGGAGGUCAAGGCGGUUAACCUCACGGGAAAUUUCUACGUACUGCUGGAUCACUGCUUUGCUACUCCCACUGUUUACAACCUGUCGCAGACUGAACAGCACAACUUCUUCACCGGCUGUUCAGUGGCACAAAGGACAUCUGUGACGAACAAUGGCCUUUCCAAGGCCGCCCGAUUUAACUUUGAGGCCUUCCGCUUUGUUCAGCACCGUGACCAGGCAAGGUCCAGCAUCUAUCUGCACUGCAUACUGAGACUGUGUGAGCCAAGCAAAUGUCAAGAGCUGCUGUCUGCCUGCAAUAAUAGAAGAAAAAGAUCUUUGACUCCUUUUGGACACGAAAGCAGUGAUUCUGCCACUGUAUCGGUCGGACCUCUUUACAUGGCCAAAGAAGUGAUUUCCAUUAAUCUCCCCCUGCGUGCAUCAGGUGACGACGUGGCAUCAGGGAGGGAUGAUGUGAAUGUGACGGGUCUGGUGGUGGGGGUGGUGUUUGGCUCUGCCGCCGCUGUCUUGCUGGUCCUGGGUGGCUGGUUCGUCCUGAAGAAGUUCUACUGGGUGGGAGGAUUACCUCAUGCCUUUGACUGA